UAGAAUGUUUUGGGAAUCUAAUUUUUCUACAGGAUCCCUUGAAGGGAGACCUGCUAUUGCAGUGGCAUAGCCAACCUGGCGUGGUUCUAUUGUGUAAUUUUGCUCUUCCAUCAUAUUCGACUAUCUACCACUGAUAACAUAACAUAGCUGGAAAAUCGUACUCCUCUAUUCAGGUUUAAAAACUCACAUUUGAAGCACUCUCUAAGACUUCUGAGUUUGCAAGGAAAUGAGUUCCAUUCUGCAAGAAGUUCAGCAUUGAACCUCAGGCUCCAAAUUGGUAUUUUGUACAGAAGGUUGACUACUUGAAGGAUAAAGUGGAUGCAACAUUUAUGGGAGAACGUGGAGCCAUUAAGGUUUGAAUUUAUUCCUAUCAUGUCAUUUUCUGAUCCAAAGGAAAAGCCAUAAAUUCAAGGCUUCAGUUAUGCAUGAAAUAUGAUUAAUUGAGAAACAUAGUGUUAGAUGUUAAGAUGUGUGUUUAUGUUAAUUGGGCUCAGCCCAUUCUGUAUUAAGGGCCUUGGCCUAUAUCUUACAUUAUAAAUAAACUACCCUAUGUGUAUGCAAAAUACACAAGGGAGAUUUCUCCCAAUCUUCUCUAUUUCUCACAUGGUAUCUAGAGUAUAAGAUUAGUUCCUGCCAACUCCACGGUCUUUGGCACACACUGCCGCUGCCACUGCCGCUGCCGCUACCGUCGUCGGAGUUUCAGAAUCAACUGACGACCACACCAUCAGAAUCGUCUCGGUCGGGCGACCACUGUGGUGCAAGAUCGCGGCGAAUGGACCACCCACGCGUCGCUGCAAUAGUCGCCGGCAGCGCCGCUUCCUGCCGCUCGUGCCGGUGCGUCGUCGGAAAGUUUCGCCGCCGAUUAGAACCGCCGUGAUCGCCUCCUCGCCCUCUUUCUGAAUUUGUGGUCGUGUCAAUCGGAGCACUUUGGAUUUUUAGGGUUUCUCCUUCUCCAUGGCUUCUUCCUCGUCUACAAACACCUCUCUUGGUGGCUCAUUUUCUAAUCCCUCAAUAUAUACCAAUUAUGUGAAUGUACACUUGUCCAUUGACAAGUUAGAUGACACAAAUUAUGCAACAUGGGCGUCCGACAUCAAACAUUGGUUGAAAAGUCAGGGGUACGUAGAUAUCCUUACUCAAAAUGUGACUACUGCUACCAUAGAUGACACUUCCUGCUGGAUGAAAAUUGAUGCCCAUCUAUGCAUUGUUAUAAAGUCCACCAUUCACUCCUCACUAAAACAAAUGUUUCGAUCAUAUGAAACAUGUUCAGAAGUAUGGGCACAAGCGAAGUUGUUAUACACAAAUGACACUCAGCGUCUUUAUGGUGUUUGUCAGGACCUAUUCAUUGUUAUUGGUCCGUGCAGUCCUGGUCCCAUGGCAGAAUAUUUGGGUAAAGUUCAUGCCCUUCUUCAUGAUUUUAAUGAGCUAUUACCUCCUGCUUCCACUCCUGCUAAAGAAUUGGAACAACGAUCAAAGUUCUUCAUGUUGUUGGCAUUAUACGAACUCUCUGAUGAUUUCUCUCAUGUCCGUGAUCACAUUUUGGGUUCUCAUGUCAUACCUAACUUUACUUCUACUUGUUCUGCACUUUUGCGUAUACUGAGCAAACUAGUCAUUGAAACAUCUCCUCAUACUGAUGAUUCCUUAGCUAUGGUUGUCCAACGUGAUGAUCGAAGUCGGUCUCGCAAGCCAGGUAAAGGACGUCCAAAAUGUGACCACUGUGGCAAAUUAGGCCACAAAAUUGAUAGAUGUUAUGCGCUUCAUGGACGUCCUCCUUGACCUGUAGCAAUGGCUAAUUCUGAUCCACCUUCCCGAUCACGUCUGCAGACCAUCCUACUUCAUCUCAUACCAUAGAAAACCCUGCAAUCUUUCACGAAUUUCUCAGAUGGUAUGAGGAUCGUCAACACUCUAGUUCCACUACAUCUGCAUCUGUUGCACGGACAGGUACACCUUUUGUUGGUCUGACUCACUUUCACUUCCUUGGACCUUGGGUCCUUGACUCAGGCGCCAUCGAUCAUAUCACUAGUAACAAGUCCUUGUUUUCUUCCUUGUCAUGUCCGGAUAAUUUACCCUCGGUAACAAUGGUUGAUGGGUCUAGAGUCUCAUCUCAUGGUGUUGGUACUGUUCAUAUUUUUUCGUCCAUAUCCAUUGAUCAUGUACUUUAUGUCCCUAAGUCUCCUUUCAAUUUAUUGUCCAUAAGUCGUCUAACUCGUGCCUUUAAUUAUGUUAUUUCAUUUACUAAAGAUUAUGUUUGGUUGUAGGACCGGAGUUCGAAACACAUGAUUGACACAGAAUGUGAGUCUCAUGGCCUAUAUCAUCUCUGUCCUUCUCCACAUGUUGGCGUAAUCAUGGAGUCAUCAUCCCUUCUUCAUGCACAGUUAGGUCAUCCUAGUCUUGCCAAACUGCAACAACUUGUUCCGAGGUUGUCAAAAUUAUCAAGUUUGUCGUGUGAGUCUUGUUAGCUAGGAAAGCAUACUCGUAGUUCCUUUCCUCGUAGUGUCUCACAACAAGCUUCAUCCCCAUUUUCAUUGGUUCAUUCUGACAUUUGAGGACCUAGUCGUGUUAAGUCCACUUUAGGUUUUCAGUAUUUUGUUACCUUUAUUGAUGACUAUUCCAGAUGUACUUGGUUGUUUUUAAUGAAGAAUUGUUCUGAGUUCUUUCUAUUUUCCAAUCAUUUUUCAAUGAAAUAAAAACACAGUUUGGGGUUUCUAUUUGAACUUUACGCAGUGAUAAUGGUCAUGAAUACCUUUCUCAACCGUUUAAACAUUUUAUGGCUUCUCAUGGCAUUCUUCACCAGACCUCAUGUGCUUAUACCCCUCAACAAAAUGGGGUGGUUGAGCGCAAGAAUAGACACCUUAUUAAAACAACUCGUACACUUCUAAUUCAUGGCCAAGUACCUUCGCGUUUUUAGGGUGAUGCACUUCUCACUGCAUGUUAUCUUAUAAACCGCAUGUCAUCUUCAGUCCUAGAUAACAAAAUCCCUCAUUCUAUCUUAUUUCCUCAAGACCCUCUACAUCCAUUGCCUCUUGGAGUUUUUGGGUUUACAUGUUUUGUUCAUGAUUUUAGUCUUGGUCUUGAUAAGUUAUCUCCUAGAUCUCACAAAUGUGUCUUCUUAGAAUUUCCACGGUCACAAAAGGGCUAUAAGUGUUUUUCCCCUUUCCUCAAUCGUGAUUUUAUCUCUGCUGAUGUUACUUUUGAUGAAUCUUCCUUUUACUUUUCAUAUAUAUCUUCUAGUUCUGGACCUCUACCUGCCACUGUUGAUAUCCUUAUUUUAUGUGAUCCUCCUCAUGAUGCUCUACCCAUUUUGCCUCCUCCUUCUUUAGACUCUCAUUCACCACAGGAUCGUCCUUCACCACCACCUCUUUAGGUUUAUAGUCGCCGCAAUCGUCUCCCUCAUGACUCACUUCCAGUGUCGCCUCCUGUGUCUCCUCCAGUUCCAGCAAAUGAGUUUGACCUGCCCAUUGCCCUUCGUAAAGGUAUACGAUCUACUCGUAACUCUUCCCCUCAUUAUACUGUUCUUAGUUACCACAGAUUAUCUUCAUCUUUGUAUACAUGUCUUUCAUCCAUUUCUUCUGUGUCAAUUCCCAAGUCUGUGGGUGAUGCCUUAACUCAGCCUGGCUGGCGUCAAGCCAUGCUGGAUGAAUUAAGUGCUUUACAAAAAAGUGGAACUUGGGAGCUUGUCCAAUUACCAUCUGGAAAGUCUGUUGUUGGUUGCAGGUGGGUGUAUGCUAUCAAGGUUGGCCUUGAUGGCACAAUUGAUUGUCUGAAGGCUCGACUGGUUGCCAAAGGCUACACACAGAUUUUUGGUUUGGAUUAUGGUGAUACUUUUUCUCCAGUGGCAAAAAUGACCUCUGUUCGCCUAUUCAUUGCCAUGACCGCUUUUCGACAAUGACCUCUUUACCAACUUGAUGUCAAAAAUGCUUUCCUUAAUGAUGAUUUGCAUGAAGAGAUUUAUAUGGAACAACCGCCUGGCUUUGUUGCUCAGGGGAGUCAUCUGGAUUGGUAUGUCGUCUUCGCAAAUCCUUAUAUGGCCUAAAACAGUCUCCUCGGGCCUGGUUUGGUAAAUUCAGCUGUGUUGUUCAACAAUUUGGUAUGUCUCGCAGUGAAUCGGAUCAUUCAG